AGUCCUUAUUGCACUAGGGCAAAUAGACGUACAAAUCGACGUAGUCAUGCUGGCUACAGGACACGACUCGGAGAUGGGCUCAUCAGUUGGGCUCGACUCACUCUCCUAGCCCAAUACGCCCCCACAAGUUGGACGGUGGAGGUCACGCACGUUCAGCUUGGAAAGCAAAAAUAAAAAACGAUCAGCACCCAACUUUUUGGUGAAAAGAUUAGCCACCUGGAGAUGGGAAGUGACCUUGACUAGCAAGAUAGCUUCGGAGACAACACGUUCACGAACAAAGUGACAAUCCAUCUCGACAUGCUUAGUCCGUUCGUGAAAGACCGGAUUAGCAGCAAUAUAAAUAGCAACUUGAUUGUUACAGUGAAGAGUAGUAGUAGCAGCUUGAGGUGCGCCUAGCUCGGCAAGAAGUCAUCUAAGGCAUAAGACUUCACUGAUAGUGAAAGCCAUGGCCUUAUACUCAGCCUCUACAGAGGAACGGGCAACGACCUUUGUGUUGCUUGGUGCGCCAGGAGACUGGUGGGGCGCCAAGGAAGAUGCAGAAACAACUGUUAGAAUGACUGGUGGUUUGACAGCCACCCCAGUCUGCAUCACAAUAAGCACGAAGCUGAAGAUCAUUCUUAGCCGGGAAGUAGAGUCUUUGACCGGGAGACGACUUUAGAUACCGCAACAGACGAACAACACCAUCCAUAUGAGCCUAUGUGAGAUCAUGCACGAAGCGACUCAAGAUAUUAACACCGUAGGUGACGGACGAGACACGGUGAGGUAGAGGAGACGACCCACAAGGCGACAAAAGGGAGAACCAUCAACAAGAGUCGCUUGAGAGCUAGGUCAACUGGUGGUUGUGCUCAAUGGGAAAAGCAUUGGGACGAGCGCCAAGCACACCAACAUCUUCAAGAAUAUCAAAAACAUACUUUUGCUGACUGAGGAUCAUGCCUCGUGGAGACCGUGCCACUUCCAAACCAAGCAAGUAACGCAAGGUGUCGAGAUCUUUGAUACUGAAAUGACGAUCUAAGAACUGGUUGACUCAUGUAAUGAAGUCCAUAUCUGUGC